CACCAACUCUCUUUGCCUCCUUUCCCUUUCUCAGCUCCACUGGCCUGGUUUUCCUCCGGCUUGGUCGCUUCCACCGCCCAAUACCCCGCAUCUUCUCCUCCCCCAUUAUAUCCAUUAACCCCAAACCCAGAGACAGCACAUCCCGCCCCUAAGCCCACGACCCCCACGAGACGCCGGGGGAGGGGGCCGGGCGAGUCCAAACGGAGCGAACACUAGGUGGAAGGUGCGUGCCGGGGUCCGGGUGUUGGAGCUGCCCGAGCUAGCGCACGAGAAGUCUCCAUCGCCCAGGGCUGGGCGGCUGCAGUAAAAGGACCGCUCCGCACCCGCGCCUCGGGAAGCUUCCGCAGCGCGCCCUGCGGGACCCUUCCAGACAGCCGAGCCCCUCCAUUCCCACGCUCCCCCGCCCUGCAGCAGUGGUAGCGCCCGAACGCCUCGCGUCACCCAUUGUUUACAAAUCGAACUGAACCGGCUGAGCUCCAGUUCCCGGAGCUGCGGCGGCGAUAGCGGCGCUCGGUGCGGCCGGCUCGGUGCUGCCGGCUCGGUGCUAGACCCUAGCGCCUUGUCUUCGGGAGCUGCCGCCGGAGCCCGUCAGGGACUGAGGAGGGACAGCAGCGGCGGCGGCGGAGCUCCAGAGUCCGAGCUGCGGACCGAGGCCAUGCCGUGCCGGAGGGAGGAGGAGGACGAGGACGACGAGGCGGCGGCGGCUGGAGAGGACGAUGACGAGGGGGAGGGGGAGGAAGAGGAGAGCUUCCUCGUGCUGCAGCAGUCGGUGACUGUCGGGGGCUCGGGGGAUGUGGACAGGCUGGUGGCCCAGAUCGGGGAGGCGCUGCAGCUGGACCCGGCGCACGGGAGUCGGCCCGCCCCCCGGGAGCCCCUGGCGCGCAAGCAGCCGCCGCCGCCGCAGCCUCUCCAGCCCCCAGUCCUGCAACUGCUGCUGCCUCCAGGACCGGCUCCGGCGUCCCUGCAGCCAUCGGGACCGCUGCAGUGCCCUGGGAACGGGGCCGGCGCUGCCCUGUCCUGGGCGAACGACGUAGGCGCCGUCGCGCCCCUUCCGUCCCGCGUGCAAUCGAGUCCCUGCGUCCCAGGGGGGGCACCGGGCCGGAGCAGCACCUCUGCCCCGCACAUCUGCAAGCGGGGCCUCCCGCAGCCGCUGGCAGGCCCGUGCCGGCGCACCUGGCUUCGAGGCGCUGCCGCUUCCCGCCGCCUGCAGCAGCAGCACCACCACCAGCACCCCCAAUACCGGUACCGAGGGCAACCGGGACUCCGGGCCGGAGAGGAUGACCCCCACCAGCUUCUGCAGCAGCUUGUCCUCUCGGGGAACCUCAUCAAAGAAGCCGUGAGGCGACUCCAUUCCCGUCGACCCAGGCUGUAUCUUGGGGCUAGGGCUCCUUUGCCCCAGGAACCUUCUCCUCCGCCGCCUUUGCCCCUGGCUGUACAGGAGGAUGAGGCAGAAGGGACUCUCUCUCCCUGCAGUCCUCAACGACCAGCCUGCUCCAACCCGCAGGUCCUCCGAAGCCAGCUACUGCACAAACUUGCAGAUGGCAUCUUGAUCCCAGGCAGCUAGUGAGCCCAGCAGGUUCAGGGGCAAGAAGAGGGAUGGUUGAGAGCCUGAAAACCCAAGCCCCUGGGACUGACAUGAAUGAACUUGGACUGGGGAACAGGGUUUCAAGGCAAAGGGAACGGGUACUUUUUUCAAGGUUAUAGGGGGUGGUGAAGGGUGAUGUAGAAUAGAAAUAUAGCCUGGGAGGUUUGCGGGGGAGUGCUUAGCAGACCAAGGCCUCAUUGGGUUGAGAAUUGGAGCCCCUCGGUCUAGUUAGGAUGAAUAUAUCCUGUUUGUAGACAGACUACACUACUGAUCCAAGAGCAUCAGCAGAAGAUACUCUUAACAUUAGUGGUGCUGACUUGCACAGAGCCAUCCACAUAGCACGUUUGCCUGGCUGCCAUGUGACCAACAGCAUACCUUCUGCAAGACUCCUUAACUGGACACCUCUAUGGGUGCCUUUGGAACAGAGCUGUUUUUUUUCUUCUGUGCAAUAUUAACUAGUCUUUUAAGAGGAAUUGCACCUUCCAUCUUGGCCUCCUUAGCAUAUGUUCUAUUCCACGGGAGCUAACCAUGAGGGAUGAACUCAGAAUGGAGAAUUAUUCCAGUUACCUGCUUUGACUUGACCCAGUUUGUUUUCACUACUGGUAGCUUUCUUUGACUCAUUGUGGGUGGGAGGGGGGG